CAGUCUGUAUAGAGAGUCCUCCUUAGAAUGGGGGCGUGUGAAAAUUCUGCGCUGGGCAAACUGGGAAACUGCUGGUUUUAGCCACCAUCUUGCUUUCUUUUAAAUUGGCGGUGACCGUGGGUCCGAAGUCUUUAACCAUGAAGCUACUAACCAGAGCCGGCUCCUUUUCGAGAUUUUAUUCCCUCAAAGUUGCUCCAAAAGUUAAAGCCACAGCAGCCCCUGUAGGAGUGCCUCCACAUCCUCAGGACCUUGAGUUCACCAAAUUACCAAAUGGUCUGGUGAUUGCAUCCCUGGAAAACUAUGCUCCUGCAUCUAGAAUUGGUGUAUUUAUUAAAGCAGGCAGUCGAUAUGAGGACUCCAGCAAUUUAGGAACUUCUCAUUUGCUACGUCUUGCAUCCAGUUUGACUACAAAAGGUGCUUCAUCUUUCAAGAUAACCCGUGGAAUCGAAGCAGUUGGUGGUAAAUUAAGCGUGACUGCAACGAGGGAAAGCAUGGCAUACACUGUGGAGUGCUUGCGGGAUGAUGUUGAGAUUGUAAUGGAGUUCCUGCUUAAUGUCACCACAGCACCAGAAUUCCGUCGUUGGGAAGUAGCUGACCUUCAGCCUCAGCUGAGGAUUGACAAAACUGUGGCUUUUCAGAAUCCACAAACUCGUGUCAUUGAAAAUUUGCAUGCUGCUGCUUACCGGAAUGCUUUGGCUAAUUCCUUAUAUUGUCCUAACUAUAGAAUUGGAAAAGUGACAUCAGAGGAGUUACACCACUAUGUUCAGAACCAUUUUACCAGUGCACGAAUGGCUUUGAUUGGACUUGGUGUGAGUCACCCUGUUCUAAAGCAAGUUGCUGAGCAAUUUCUCAACAUGAGGGGCGGGCUUGGUUUAUCUGGUGCAAAGGCUAAGUACCGUGGAGGUGAAAUUCGAGAACAGAAUGGAGACAGUCUUGUCCAUGCUGCUGUUGUAGCAGAAAGUGCUGCCAUAGGAAGUGCAGAGGCAAAUGCAUUUAGUGUUCUUCAGCAUGUCCUUGGUGCUGGACCACAUGUCAAGAGAGGCAGCAACACCACCAACCUCCUAUACCAGGCUAUUGCUAAAGGAAAUCACCAGCCGUUCGAUGUUUCUGCUUUUAAUGCCAGUUACUCAGAUUCUGGACUUUUUGGGAUUUACACUAUCUCACAAGCUGCAGCUGCUAGAGAUGUUAUCAAGGCUGCCUGUAACCAAGUAAAAACUAUUGCUCAAGGAAAUCUUUCCAAUGCAGAUGUCCAGGUUGCCAAAAACAAGCUGAAAGCUGGGUAUCUAAUGUCAGUGGAGUCUUCUGAAGGUUUCCUGGAUGAAGUUGGGUCCCAGGCUCUAGUUGCUGGUUCUUACAUGCCACCAUCGACAGUACUUCAGCAGAUUGACUCAGUGGCUGAUGCUGAUGUUGUAAAUGCUGCAAAGAAAUUUGUUUCUGGCCAGAAGUCAAUGGCAGCAAGUGGAAACUUGGGACAUACACCUUUUGUUGACGAGUUGUAAUAUUAAAGCAAGUACUGCAGAAGAGCUGGACAUUUUCUCGGCCCAGAGCAGCAAAUACAUCAAAGUCUGAAGUCUAUAAUAUAAUGUUUCUUUUUUCUCAUUAGGCAAAGUAUCUUAAUGCAGGUAAUUAUUCCCAGCUGACCGAGAAUCAAUAAAACAUUCUGCUUACA